AUGUCGACUCUCCAGGUAUCGAGGCGUUAUCGCUCCUCCACCUCAGCGUCGUCCAGAUCAUCCAGUGCCGCCAACUCGAAAGCCCUCGAAAUCCUGCGUGGCCUCCUCGACACCCUUGCCGCCGGCACACAAAGACGCACCAACAACGGCUACCCUGAGUUCCCAGUUCUUGUCAAGAGUCUGCGCCAAAUCCGACAGCACGUUGCUGCUCCCGAACCGCCGAGCCCGCCCCAGGAUGAUUUCAGACACCUGCACGGCUUUCACCGUCUCCUCGACGUGCUGCGAUCAUACUCCGGCUUUUACAACCCCCAGCGCCGGACGACAGAGGAAAAGAAGGGUUUGUUUGGGCUGCUGGAGGCCGUGCUGGAUGUCCUCGCCGCGUCCUUCUUAGACCAUCCUGGAAACAAGCGCUACUUUCGUCACCGGGUGGAAGGCGGCGGGUGGGAGGCUCUCGAACAGACCAUCGCCAGCGUCGGGCUAGGCGGCAGCGAUUCCGACUUGUGGACCAACUGCCAAAUGUUUGGGAAGCUCUUGGCAUUCUCACUGGGCGACAACAAAGUAGAUGCCCUUUGCCAAUCUAUUGCCUCGAACCAGGAGACGAACGACAAGGAAGCCACGACGAGCCCGGAACAAGAAGCCCUCGAGGGCAGCGAAGCGCAGCCAGAAGCGCCCAAGACUCCAAAACCAAGGGACAUUAGUCAGGAAGUGCGCGAUGUCGUUCAGAAAAAGGCCGUGUUCCGGAACCCCGAAAUCCUGCGGGCUGUUGUGGGCUUCUGGGAGUCUAUACCUAGAGCGCAGAACAUGCCGGCAAACUCUUGCUCGAUGGUAGUUCUGGAAAUCAUGUCAAGCGUGGUUUCAAUCUCCACGUUUAACCUUGCGGCUCUCCAUGCUACCGGAGUGCUCUCUCGCUUGCUCCGAGUUCUGUUCGACCCUGCCCCAAGACUCGAUCAGGAUGAGAAAGACAAGCUGCUUGUCAUCUGCAAGAAGCUCAUGUACCUGGGUUUCAACCAGCCCGCAGACACCCAGUUCUUGCUCGCGAGUGCUUCGCCGGAGGCUUCCGAGUUCAGCCUAGAGAUGACCUCAACAUACAGCGGUCCUCCGUUCUUUCAGUUCGAUCUUUCGCUACAUGGCCAUUCCUCCAUCGAACUACCAACACUUGGCCGGCCGUUCCCUCCCAACUCAUCACCAGGAUACACGUUCACAGCAUGGGUUCGCGUGGACCGCUUCGACCCCAACUCCCACACCACACUCUUCGGUGUUUUCGAUGCUACUCAGACCUGCUUCCUUCUCAUGUAUCUUGAGCGGGAUACUCGCAACUUUAUCUUACAGACCUCAGUCACAUCCAGCCGGCCUAGUGUUAGGUUCAAAGGCAUGUCAUUCAAAGACAAGCAGUGGUACCACAUUGCCCUCGUCCACAGACGGCCCAAGACAAUGACUGCCAGCAAAGCCUCGCUGUACGUCAACGGAGAGUUUGUGGAGCAAAUCAAGUGCGCCUACCCUUCAUCGCCACCCUUUGCAAACGGCAGCACAGAAAGUUUUGCGUCUUUCACCUCCACCAACGCUAAGCCACACCCCGUCCAAGCAUUCUUGGGAACACCGAGGGAUCUGUCCAGCCAGCUUGGGCCUGGGCUGGUGUUUUCGAAAUGGUCUCUAGCCUCAGCGCAUCUCUUCGAGGACGUUCUUAGUGACGAUUUCCUUGCUGUUCACUAUGGCCUCUCCCCGAAGUAUCAAGGCAACUUCCAAGAUAGCCUCGGAGGCUUUCAGACAUACGAAGCAUCUGCGAGCCUGGGCUUGAGGAACGAGGUUUUCCACCCCGGGAGGGAUGAAAGUUCUGACAUCAUUCGAGCCAUCAGAGACAAGGCAGGCAGCCUGCUGCCUGAACACAGAAUCCUCCUCAGCAUACUCCCAGUGGGCGUCUUCCGAGAGGAUGGUGUCUACCAAGACACUCAGCUUUACCGUGCUUUGCCCCGGCCUGCGGCAACAAACCUCAUUCAAAUGACCCAUAGAAGUGGCUCAGCGAUUGUCAUCAAUGCUGCGCUGCCAUGCCUACUGGAUGCCUUGGCGCGGUCUCAGGGGGUAGCUGUACUGACCGGUAAUCCGGUGGUGGUGACGCCCUCUUACUUUGAUGACAAUUUUUGGCGUCUUGCUGGCUUCACUCCCCUGGCUCUCAAGAUUGUUGAGAGAGCAACCUCGGUGGAAGAAACCGUUCGCGCUGUUGAGAUGACGUUCCUCUGCAUCAAGAAGAGUUGGAGGAACAGUGAGGCAAUGGAGCGCGACAACGGUUAUGCUAUUCUUGGCAUGCUUCUGAGAGCAAAGCUGGGUUAUACGGUCAACAUCGGUGCUGAUAACGCCAACUUGCGACUGCCGAUCACAAGUGAAGAGAGGGACAGACUGAGCUUUCAGCUCCUCAGCCUCAUCCUUGACUUUGUGGGAUACAACCACACGGAACCUCUGGAGUCUUUCAUUGUGAACCCUCUAGCUUACCGCAUCCUGCUCAUUGACUUUGAUACUUGGAGACGGUCAGCUUCCAUCACCCAAGAGCUCUAUUACAAGCAGUUUGUGACCUUCUCCGUCAAGAGCAAGUAUCACCAGUUCAACAGCAGGCGGUUAAUGCGCAUGAGAAUCGUCAAACGACUACUCGACGCCAUGAAAGCAGAGUCGAUCUCAGAAGAGGUGCUGCCACACUUUAUGACUGCUUUAGAGCAACUCGUGAAAUGCAAUUACACAGCCGAAGUGCAUAGGUCCCUCGCUCUAUUCAUCACAUAUGCCUACCAUUCACCGACGGCCUCCCUGGUCAGGUCCCCCAAGCCGAUUUCCGCGAUUUCCCGAACUCCUGCCUCCGGGUUUGGGAGACGAGCCACCUUCGAUUCCAACAGCUCCUCAAAUGCGUCCCCCUCCCGAUUCCUCACCAAGAAACAGCUUGGUGCCAAGAUUCUGGGAAUGUACUCGACUCUUCUCUGUGAGAAGGGCAACCUGGCGAAUAUCCGCAAGUUCGCAAGGACAGUGACGAAUAAGUGGCUGCUGUAUCUUCUGGCCAGCGACGAUCCCGAAACUGUGGUGUAUGGCAGUAAGAUCCUGGCGAGACUGCUUAUCACCCACGGCUCUGCGUACACGGCCAAGUUCUCCGGAAAGACUGGCGGCUUCACCAUCAUGGCCCAUCGACUCAAACGCUGGUGGUAUGUCCCUUCGUUGUGGCCCAUUUGCUUCAGCAUCCUGUUCGGCUUCGAUGUGGCCAACGUCGACCUGGAUCGCAACUUUGAGUUUUCCAACUUGUUCGAAACAUUCGGCAAGGCCAGAGUCCUCUACCCAGAAUGCCUUCAGGUCUUGACGUCAAUGCUGCAGCAUGGGCUGAAGGACGUCAUGAGGCACCAAGAGGAUCCAAACUCGCCUCAGAAGCCACAUAACCUACAUGCGAGCGGGUUUGAGGGGUUAGAGACAAGACCCCGGGCCAAGUCAAUGGAGACCAGGGGGGUAUCGAUGCCAGAGCCCGACACUGAAAGGAUUUCAAACCACGCACCCAUGCUUCUUACAGUCAUCCGGUUCCUCUCAGAUUUGCACUCCCGCUCUCCCGAUUUCAAGGACUUUGCCUUAACGUCCGAGUACGUGAGGUAUUUGCUGUGGGCUUGCUACCCUAUCAUCGUUAGCACCGAUGCAGUCACCGCAGACACUGAGCUCAACUCACGGGAUUCGGCACUUACGUUCGAAGGCGGCGACGUGAUGAUUCGUCCUCUUGCCGGCUCGCAGCCUGGUCCCAUUGUUCGCACGACGAGUACAGAUGCGAUUGCUGCAAUGGCAGGGAACCCCCGCGGCACUCCUCUCCGGAAGGCGUCUGGGUUCGUGCUGCUCACCAACCAAACAUCUCCUCAGGCUCCCAGUGCAGCACGCUUUGCCCCAGUCAUGUCACCAAAGAAGAAGGUUGCGUCGCAGCAAUCUAGCAGUGCAACCCUCGACGGCCUCAUAGAGUUGGUCAUCAGUGUGUUUAUCGACCAGGUUUUCACGCGAAAGGAGUUCCCAGGCUUCGGACUAUUCUUGAAGGUUCCGCCGGGUUUCCAAGAGCACCAGGCUUACUUCGAAUCCUUCGUCUUGAAGAAGACACUCCAGCAACUUGGAAACCACGUUCAACCGAACCAGAAGGUUCUGUGCGAGCCAAAGGUUCUCACCAACAUGGCCAGACUAACUGCACACGUUACGGACACCAUCUUCGAAGGCUGGUUCAUUAAUGGUACAGAGCCAAUGCUAGAGUUCGCUGGCAUGGUACUUGAGUAUCUGCAGAGGCCCGAGAUUUCGACCCUGAAAAGCGUUCGUCUCUGCAGUCAAGCAGUGGCGACGAUACGUCAAAGCUUCCUAAAGCUGCUUUUGUUACGGUUCUCUGAGCUGGAUGACCCCGAUACGCCCGACUCCAGCGCAAAGGAUUUCAUGAGCAAGAUUCUCUACUGGCAGGCUCCGAUACUAGGUUGCCUCUCGAACGAGGAAGAGUAUAUGAAGCUUUUUUGGUACCAGCUGUACACAAAACUUGUCGACCCACGCUUAGCCAUCAGAUCUGCUACGGCCACCAUCAUGCGGAUCAUGCUUGUGCAAAAGCCAGACGAGUCCAUGGUGUUGUUCCGCCAAGGUUUGGCGACAGACCAACAACACUUGACGAAAGAGUUUGUUGUUAAACUCACCGAGGUCGAUGAUGAAGCAUUUCUUGAUUGGGUAGAUCAGCAUCGUGCGUCGCUUGACGCUUUCUUCUUCGGAGGCAUCUCCAAGAUCUGGGAGGAAUUUGUCGUCGUCGAAAAUCAGCGAACCGUCGACUCGGCUAAGUUCCGUUUGGCAAAGCGCAGAGACCGGCUGAAAGCGUGGCAAACGGAAGCACUUACUAUUGACAACAUUCUCUUGCGGCAUGAAAUGGCCAACGGGGCUUGGAUGAAGAGCAUCUUCACGAGCGAGCAUUUUAAGCACCAGCGCCUGACGCAAGACCAGCAGGAUGACAUGGCCUUCCUAGCUGCAGCGUUUGUGAAGAUGGACAAUGACCUGCGACGUCCUGGAGCAGUCUUCAGCGAGCAGGCGCAGCUCAAGUGGAAACUCGACCGGACAGAAGGACGGAACCGAAUGCGUCUGAGGCUUCUACCAGACUACUCUAAGAAACAUAGCGACUACCAGCCAAAGAGGAGAGCAGGGGAGUCUGCGAACCCGUCUGCCAUCAAGGUGAAUACCGCCAUGGUUCCCGCUCAGAUUGCGCCAUCGCCGAUCAAGCCAGCUACGCCGGUAUCAUCCCGUAUAAAAUCUAUCCCUAGUCUCGACGGCAAUACAGAAGCCUCUGAAACACCAACCGAGACGGAUCAGGAGGAAGGGGCGAACGAGUCCGGCGUUGGCGCCGAAGAGGAUUUCGAAUUGGUCGAUGAUCCUAACGACGCCAAUGAGGGUGAUGAUGGCUUCGAGGACAAGAAUCGCAAAGUCAUGCGGCGUCUCGAACAGGGAGACCAAGUGCAAGCGGUAUACAACAUCUCACGCAUCGUUGGCUUAGAGGGAUGCGAAGGCAUUCUGAUCAUCGGCAAGGAUGCUCUCUACAUUAUGGACAACGUCUUUCAGUGCGCUUCUGGCGAGAUCGUUAAUGCAUGGCAAGCUCCUCCCGAGGAAAGAGAUCCUUUCUCAGAGAUUAUCACGGAUGCCAAGACUACGGAGCAACGCCAGAGCUCAAGUCGCAGCGAACAGGAGUCGAGAAGUUGGAGGUGGCAUGACGUGAUCAGUAUCUCUAAGAGACGUUUCUUGUUCCGGGAUGUCGCCAUCGAAGUCUUCUUCACAGAUGGACGCAGCUACUUACUGACGUCUAUCAACCCGGCCCUGAGAGACGAGGUCUUUGGCAAAUUGAUGAGCAAGGCCCCACACACCAAUGCCGCUAGCUCGCUACCCAACCCCGAGGACGCCUGGCGCCUCGAAGCCCUCAAGGUUUCCGAGGAGAUGCCCCAAGGCUUUGGCUCCAAGUUCGGAAGCAUCUUUAAUUCAACCCCUUGGAACCCUGCCAUGAAAAAGUGGCAGAAGGGGGAGAUGUCCAACUUCCACUAUCUCAUGCUUGUCAACACGAUGGCCGGCCGGACGUUUAACGACUUGACUCAGUACCCCGUCUUCCCAUGGGUCCUCGCAGACUACACUAGUGAGGAGUUGAAUCUGAACGACCCCGCUACCUUUCGAGAUCUGUCGAAGCCGAUGGGUGCUCAGACAGCAAGCCGUGUCUCAGGCUUCCGGGAGUCUUACAACGCUCUGGCAGAGAUAGGGGAGACUCCUUUCCACUACGGCACUCACUACUCUUCGGCUAUGAUUGUGUCUUCGUACCUCAUCCGCCUCCCCCCUUUUGUCCAAUCAUACAUCCUUCUACAAGGCGGAUCGUUCGACCACGCAGAUCGUCUCUUCCAGUCCAUUCCUCAUGCGUGGCAGUCUGCCUCUUGCGACAACAAGGCAGAUAUUAGGGAGCUGAUUCCAGAGUUCUUCUGCCUUCCCGAGUUCCUGACCAAUAUUAACCAGUACAACUUUGGUAACCGUGAAAGCACAGGGACCAGGGUCAAUAACGUCGUCCUGCCUCCAUGGGCCAAAGGGGAUCCCAAAAUUUUCAUUGCUAAACAUCGCGAGGCACUCGAGAGUCCGUACGUCAGCCAACAUCUCCACAACUGGAUAGAUCUGGUAUUUGGUUUCAAGCAGAGAGGCGACGCUGCUGUUGACAAUCUCAAUGUUUUCCAUCACCUCUCAUAUAGAGGCGCCACCGACCUGGACAACAUUAGUGAUCCGCAGGAGAGACGCAUUACCGCUGGUGUCAUCCAUAACUUUGGACAAACACCACACCAAGUGUUUACACGACCUCAUCCUGCUCAAUCUCACGAAAGAGUGGCUUCUUUGAUCUACUCACCUAAGAUUGAUCGGCUCAUCUGCGCCUCGCCUUUCCGCCUGAACUUCGCUCCCUACGACAAGUUCCUUGAAUGGGGUUACGCCGACAAUAGUAUCCGCUUCUUCUUCAGCGAUAACCGGAAGGUGAGAAAGUCUAGAACAGCGUUUGGUGAGAAGUUGACUAAGAAUCAAAAGCCGGCGGGACUCUUUGAGAAUCUUCACAUUGGACAGUUGUCUUGCGCUACCUUUGCGGAUUCCAAGACACUCAUCACAGCUGGAGAAGACUGUGUAAUAUCUGUAUACGCCGUACAGACCGCUCCUGGAAAGGUGGUGGACCUGCUUCCUCGUUCAUCACUCUUUGGCCACCGUGCCCCCGUGACGAGCAUGGCGGUGUCCAAGUCUUUCAGCACGUUUGUGUCGGUAUCGACUGACGGUCAAGCUUUCGUUUGGGACCUUAAUCGUCUCGAGUUUAUUCGUAAAUUGCCGCUUUCGCGGCCCGUCGAAUGUGCCCGCAUCAACGAUGUCUCUGGCGAAAUCAUGCUUGGAUCUGGUCCAAACGUGGUGCUUUACACCAUCAACGGCACUGUUAUACUGGAUCAGAACGUCUGCGCAGAGCCCGACGACUACGUGCAUUCUUGUACAUUCUACGAAGGCGCCGGGAACGAGUGGCUUGAGAAUUAUCUUGUCUUCACCGGCCACAAGAGGGGCCGUGUGAAUGUUUGGAAGAAAUGCGUCAAGAACGGCAAGUGGGUUUUGGAGCUGCUUCGGCGGUUGGAUCACGUCGAUUCGCGCUCGGAAGUGGGGGCCAACUACGACGCUGGCGUGACUUGCAUCACGCCCAUGCCGCAGUGCGUCUACACUGGCGAUGACGACGGGCGAGUGUAUGAGUGGAAUCUUGUUCAGCGGGACAGGUAG